UCUCGAAUCGGCUGAUAAUUUUAGAUUCUCGGCGCAGUUCGCUCGACACUGCCACUGCUCAGCCUGCACCGCGCACUCGAAUAUCGACAUUCGACGACCGCGAGAAUCGCGAACACGCGCCGACCUGACCGAAACCUCGACAGAGUUCAGAUUAUACGGAGAGGGGAGAACGAAUGCAUCAACCAACUAACCUUUCCUUCGCAUCUUUCCUUUCUUUUCUCCUUUCUUCCUUUCUCACGUGCUUACUUUGUUUAUGCGACCUCUUUUGUUCUCCAUUAACCCUUGAAAUUUUAUCUUUCGACGCAUCAUUGUCCGCAUACUCCAACUCUUCGUCCUUUCCCUUUCCUUUACUCUUCGUUUUUCACCUACGUUAGUAAUUUCAUUAAACCCGUUUAUUAUAUCCGUCUAUUGCUCGGGCUCUUCACCUUCAAAAUCCAAGUCUCCUUAACUCAAACCCAGAUAGUCGAUUGUUAGAGAAAUGAGCAGCUUGUGUAAUUUGAAAACGUCAGUCGACGAUACUGCUGUUCAUGUUCCAUAUGCACAUUAAUUGAUAAAGAGUUGAUUUUCAUACCUGCUUAUAAUGAAUUCAAUAAACUAGAAACACAUUUCCAAGUUCGAUUCGUCGUGACUGUCAAGUGUACGCCAAUUAUGUAAUAACAUCCGCAACGUCCACGUCAUAAGAUGAAAGUUUGAAAAUCAUUGAAACAAGCGGAAUAAAUAUCCACUUUCUUCAUUAAUAUUUCAAUUCUGCUCUCGUUCUUCCAAUGUAAUCGAUUCGAGAUCUUUUGAAUUUUAUACUCGAUUAGAUCGUCAGUGGUGCCAACGUUACGAACCAUAUGAUUCAUUCCAUUCGAUUUUGCAUCACUGUUGUGGCGUAGCGCGCGCCCCGUUGUAUUAUUAUCAUUGCUAAUAAAUUUUCCCAACAUGAACUCUUUAAUAAUUUAUUGGACGAUCCUGAUGACAUGCUGUCUAACGCUUAACCACGCCCUGGAAUGCUACGUUUGUACCAAUCAAGAAGGUAACAGAGAAAAGUGUCUGAAGAGUACAAAAACCUGCGAGCAAGGCCAAGAUGCUUGUUUAACAAUGAUUAGAUGGGGAAGCACCCCGUAUUGGUCACCAGGUGCCAAGAAACAAUUUUACGUCUCCAAGAUGUGUUCCACUAAAAAGGAGUGUGAAAGAACAAAACAGUCUAACAUGGAUGAUUGCACAUAUAUAUGGUACCAAGAUUGGCAGUGUUCUGAUUGCUGUCAAGGGGACAAGUGCAAUUAUUAUGCUAUAUCUGCUGCAGGGGAAGUACGUCCGCAUUGGCUGGUCGUAACCAUCGUUUCGAUAUUUCUAUACAAUUUAUGGAGUAUGAUCAACAAACAUUAGCGUAAAAUAGCAGAUAUUAAUUAGAGACUGAAGAAACUAUGACACCCCAUACGUUAAAAACGUAUUCGGAAGCAUCGCUUACGGCAUACGCCAUACACGUAUCACCAGUAUGAAUUGUAUGGCAUAGCGGUAAAGAGAACGUAGAAGAAAAGAGGAGAUGAACCUGAUAUUCCAUAAUCCGUCCAAUAUGAAAUUUUUAUACAUUUUAAACUUUUAGUCCACGAAUGUACUACGAAUAUUUUUUACUUGUUAAUACUAUGUGUAACAUAUAUACAUAAUUACAUGUAAAUAGCUUUUUACAAAAGAA